AUGAUGAGGUCUAAUGACGUCUUUGGCACGACAGAGCACGCCAGCGCGAGAUCCGAUAGUCGGGUCAUCAAUCCCAGCCCCCUGGGACUCUCCAAGGGCGACAAGGCGGGGGUUCUCAGUAUUGUACGCAUCGUCGUGUUGUUCGUAAAUGAGGGGUUCGACAUCGGAGUUAGAGGAUUCGUCGACCGGGGUUUGCGGGGCUUAGAAGGUUUUCCUCAUGGAGAAACGAGAGAUGCACAUAAGAAGCUGUUCGAACCAUUGGACUGUGUCCCACAUUUCGAUUCUUCUUGUCCUCACCUACUUAGAUAAAAGAACCUGAGGUACUUGUGUGUCCCUCCUUCCCUUCCACCUUCCUUCACGUCUACUAUUACGCCGGCCAAGAAGAACGAAAACAAAGAAAGAAAGUAAACAAACGUCCAACAUGCCUCUCAUCGCACAGAACCCGAAAGACCGCAUCAUCUUGGGUCUCAUGACUUUCGGGCCCAAUGAGAACCAAGGCGCUCGCAUCACUGAUCUGAAUACAUUCAACAAGGCCCUUGAUGUCUUCCAGGCUCGUGGCUAUAACGAAGUCGAUACGGCGCGGAUGUAUGUUGGGAAACAGCAGGAGGCUUUCACCCGGGAAGCGAAGUGGAAGGAGAGGGGGUUGACCUUGGCCACCAAGGUUCAAUAUCCAGCCGAACCCGGGACGUAUGCUGCCGAUAAGGUGCUAGACUCAGUUGAGACAAGCUUGAAAGAACUCGGGACCGACUGUGUUGAUAUCCUAUAUCUCCAUGCAGCGGACCGCGCAACGCCCUUCGCCGAAACGCUCGAGGCGAUAGACAAGCUCCACAAGGCCGGCAAGUUCGUCACUUUCGGGUUGAGCAACUUUACGGCAUUCGAAGUGGCCGAGGUGGUGUUGACGUGCAAGUACAACGGCUGGGUCCGUCCGACGGUAUACCAAGCCAUGUACAACGCGAUCACGCGCAACAUCGAAGCCGAACUGAUCCCCGCGUGCCGUCGGUACGGCUUGGAUAUCGUGGUGUACAACCCCCUCGCGGGCGGCCUGUUCUCGGGCAAGAUCAAGUCCCAAGACAUCGUACCGACGGAAGGACGGUUCUCGGACGUGAACCCAAUGGGGGCCAACUACCGCAAGCGGUAUUUCCGGGACAGCACGUUCAGGGCGUUGCAGACGGUCGAAGCGGCCGUGGAAAAGCACGGGCUUAGUGUCAUCGAGACGGCGCUACGGUGGACGGUGCAUCACUCGAGGCUCAAGAUCAAAGACGGCAACGACGGGAUUCUGAUCGGGGUUUCGAGCGUCUCGCAGCUCGAGGUGAACCUCGAUCAUCUCGAGAAGGGUCCGUUGCCGGAUGAGGUCGUGCAGGCGCUGGACGAAGCUUGGUACAUUGCGAGGGCGGACACCACCAAUUACUGGCACCUGGAUCUGUCAUAUACCUACGACACGCGGGAGGCUUUGCAGGAAUCACAGUGCCUUGCCCCGGGGAUGUGGCACCAGAUCGUCAAGACAAAGAUCAGAUAA